UGCAACUUGUUGCGCCGGUUUGCGCUUCUCAGUCUUCAUUCCAUUCUCGAGUCCCCCGGACGUCGACCUCCGACACGAUCUGCCAGCUGCUGGAAUAACUCAGAGCAAACAACACAACUCAUCACGAUGCCCAAUCCACUGUGGUUCAUCUUCUGGCUGCUGGUCUUCUGGUUCGUCUCCUUCUUCGUGGCAUUCUUCUGCGCCUUCUUCUACAUUUGGGUUUACGCAUUUGCCUCCUGCAUUCCCGCCCUGACGGGCAUAUCGGAAAUUCUGCUCCAGGGAGUGCAGUUUCCAUUCUACUGCGGCAAGGCCAUGUUGGAGGGCAAGCAAGCCUUCUAAGAGGGAUCCCACCUGCUUAACAAUACACUAAGUGCCUUACUUGUAACGCUUGUUUUCGAUCAUUUUACAAUUUUACAAAUAAAGAUUUACUAACUGAUAUUUAUAAA